AUGUACUUAAGCGUGUUUUCCAAUGCCGAACUUCAGAAGAAGUCGGCCGCCGAUGGAGUUCCGGCCCUGUUGCUCGAAGGUGGUUGGGACCAGACCCAGCGGAACUCCGGGCUCCCCCGCUGGGAUCUCGAUCAUCUCAUCGAUGUAGGUUGCUCCUGGAUUGAUGACGAGGCGGAACGGCUCGCCGAACAAUUGGCCUACGAAACCGACGCCUACGAGUUGAGCGAGAAGCCCACCACGCUGGCGUAUGUGAACUCGCUGGCCCUGCGUUACUACCUGGUGAAGCUACUUCGGCCGGUUGCCUUAUAUGAGCAUGGCCUUCCUCCGGCGGCUUAUCGCAAAUUGGAGUUCCAUGCGGUUAGCGGUCGUGAUGAUGACUACGCACACAUCCUGGGCCAACUGUGGCGACUGCAUGGGGUCGAAGGGCAAGUGCAAUGGCACCCCGGCACGGGGCACGCACCCGCGGCCAUCGCCCCCAAUGCUCCAUGGCGGCAAGCGAUGUCGUUAAUGCAUCGGGCGACGGCGCCUGCUGCAGCUUCCGAACAAGAUGAUCGGCCUCGUGUUGUUUUAUGCGGUAACCCUCGCAUUCUCGAUCCGGUAUGCGAAGAACUUCUGAAUCGCGGUUGUCGCGUGUGGUGGAUCUACGACCGGUUUGCCGUACGAAGUUGGCUCCGCUGGCGUAGGCGAGGGGUUGGGCAACUGGUUUGCGAUUCGAGUCGCGGCACUGAAAACCGGCUGCCGUUGACUUCUUGGCAACGCGAUUCCAUCCGCAAGCCGCUCUGGUCGCGGGGUGUCGAUCUGGCUCCGGCAGUCGAUGCGUGGCUUUCGCAGGUCGCCAACACUCAAGGACCUGCCCAGACCCGCCUGUUGGAGCAGUUGACGAAGCACUUCAACCAUGUGGCCCCGACUCACGUCGUGCUCGACGAAGACGCGACUCCGCUGGCACGUUGUGUGGUGGCAGCGGCACAUCGGGCCGAGGCGGUAACAACGGUCGUGCAAAACGCCGCGGCGGGCAUUCGGUUCGGCUUUGCCCCGUUGGCGGCCGAUCGGGUCUGCGCCUGGGGAGAAAGUUCCAGACGGCAAUACGAACGCUGGGGCGUGGACCGCUCGCGGAUCAAAGUAACCGGUUCUCCCUGGCACGAUACGCUGGUGAAUCAGCUGAAGGCCUCGCCCCUCACCAGCACGCACGGAAACGGACAUCACGUGGUGGUUUUCACCACCCCUCCGGCCCGCGAUCAUAGGCCCGACAUGGCCUACUACCACAAAACCUCCUGCACCUAUCGACAGACGCUCGAGUGGGUCUGCUGUGCGCUUGAUUCGCUGCCCAACGUUCGCUCUACGUUCAAGCUUCACCCCCGCGUUUCUGGGAGGGACCAAAUCCAGGACAUCAUUGCCUCUUUUCCCGCGUUGCAGACGAAGCUGGUCGAAAAUGCCCCGCUGGGCAACAUGCUGAAGACUGCUAGCUGCGUGAUCAGCCUCGGGAGCAGUGUGGGCGUAGAAGCGGCUCUGGCCGGAGUACCCGUGUUGCAGGUCCUCCCCGAGGGCAGCGGCAAUUACCUCCCUGCCACGCAAUGGGGGAUGCUCGGUACGGCCCGCUCUCAGGACGAAGUGAACACUCUGUUGCAGCAGGUACUUUCGCAUAAGGCGACAGUGCCCAGCCCCGAGGUAUUCGCCAACGUGAACGGAACGGCCUCGAGCGACGUGGUCGACGCCGUGCUCGCAGAGUCGGCCGAAACGUUGCAGCGUGGCCAGCUUCAUUCAGCGGGUUCACUACGAAUCGCUGGCAUUCGCCGGGCCACGCUAGUUGGUUCGAUCGCGCAACACGAAUCCUCUACAGGGGAUCGUGGCUGGCGGAGCCUCGUACGUGAUAGCUCUUUGGUUGGUGUCUCGACCAUCGCCGGACAAGUAUUGGGUGUUGCGACGGCCCUUCUGCUUCGAGCACUGCUCAGUCCUGCCCAGAUGGGACUGUGGCAGGCAUUCAAACUGGUGCUCUCCUAUGCCGGCUUCAUCAACCUGGGCGUAACCAAAGCCGCCGCCCGUGAGGUGACCAUCGCCCGGGGUCGCCAGCGAGCGAACGAAGCAGCAAGAAGCCGGGAUCUUGCCUUCACCUUCAGCGCCGUUACCACUACGGCCUACGCUGUGGCGCUGUGCGGCGCCGCGACUUGGGUCUGGCUACAGGGUGAAUCAAACACCAGUUCGCUGUGGGCGAUUGGUCUGGGGGCGAUGGCCGCGAUUAGCCUGGCGCAACGGUUCCUUACGUUUCAAAUCGUGAUGCUGCGGGCAGAACGACAAUUCGCCGCGGCCGCACGACUGGCCAUUCUGGAAGCAGUGCUGACGCUUACCGUUUGCGGGCUGGCCACGUGGGUUUGGGGCCUGUACGGGCUGCUGGCCGGCUGUCUCCUGGUCUCGCUCAUAGGUGGUUGGGUCGCGCGAAGAAUGAGUGAAACCCAACCCGGCUGGGCCUGGAAUCUGCGAGACGUUCUACCCCUGAUCGCGGUUGGUCUGCCGAUCGUUUUGACCGGACUGGUGAUGACCCUAUUUCAAUCCGUCGACAAGCUUAUGGUGCUCGCCUACCUGCCCGACGGCGCGUACCAACUUGGCAUCUACUCGACGGCACUGCUGGUCACCACACAGCUCUCGGGUGUGGCGAACAUUCUGGCCACCACCAUGGCCCCGCGAUACGGCGAGAUGUACGGUCGCUGGAAUUGCGAACGUCGAGUGGCCACCCUGGCUGCAGGUGCUACAGAGUUGCACGCGGCCCUCUCGGCGAUCGCGGCCGGGUUCGCGCUGGUUGCCGGAGGACCUGUGCUAGCGUGGCUAUUGCCAAGCUAUGCUGCUGGGCUGCCUGCACUUCGCUGGUUGAUUCCAGGUUCGCUUGCCCUGGCGGUGUCGCCCCCCGCCACACAGUACUUGGUGACCACCAAACGACAAAACCGAGGGCUCUUCUCCGCCUGCCUGGCAUUGGGAGUCGCAGCCAUGGGGAACUUCAUCGCACUUCAGGCCGGCUGGGGUCUGCUGGGUGUCGCCGCCGCAACCUGUCUUUCACAAGCACUGUUCGCGCUCGUGGCGAUUGGCGUUUCGUUUUGGAACGCCCUUUCCUGGUCUCAGCGUGCUCGCUACCUUUUCGCAGUGCUGGGCUUGGUCGGACCAACGCUCGUGGUAGCCCAGCUCGCGGCCUUACCCGCAGGUGCCGACACGAAUGGUGAAUGGACUCGGGUGGUCGUCGGGAACAUUGGAACGCUUGAGAGAGACAUCGGAGGAGAUUUCUUGAGCACGGUUCGGCCGACACUCGAUGAACUACGGCAGCGAUGCCCAAAGCCGGGUGCCGCUCACCUGGGCAAUUGGAUGGCCCGACGAAUCGCCCGACCCGCGGCACUGCACAUCACCAGGGUCGUGAUUCCGUGGGGCGUGACAGCCCACUCCGUGACGUUAAUCGCCGUGGUCACCGCGAUAGCCGCGGCCGUAGCGUUCGGAAUUGGGACCCCGCUCACGUUUCUUUUAGGCGCCGGCCUAUUGCAGUUGUGGUACUUACUCGACCACGUCGAUGGUCAGCUUGCUCGCUAUCACGGCACCGCGUCACUCGAUGGAGUGCAACUCGACUACCUGAUGCACCACCUGGUGAACGUGAUCAUUCCCGUUGGCGUUGGGUGGGGCCUGAGUGUGAAUCAACUACAGCCCCUCUGGGCCUUGGUGGGCUUUGUCUGGGGAAUGGGGCUGCUGAGCAUCGGCGUUUGGCACGAUUGCCGCUACAAGGCAUUCGUGCAACGCCUGAAGUGGGUCCGAGGUGAACUGCGGGUUCGCGGAGCAAGCGGAGCCGCGGCAGUCCCUCAAACAGCAAUUCCAGCCUCGCCGGCCCGCAAGCUUGCGUGGAUCCUCCGCAAGCUGUGUGAGAUUCACGUCGUGAUGAACGUGCUAUCGGUGACGGCGCUCGUGGCGUGGUUUCUUGGCGAUGGUCGAUUGUGGUCUCUCAUGGCAGUGGUCGUCGCGAUGGGGGUGGCCUCAGUGGUGGUUGCCGCGGGAAGUAUCGUUACCGGCCUGAAGCGGCAGGACUGCGAGAAUGAGUUUGCAGCCUGGUAUCAAGUGCCGCCAGGCCACACGCUAGUACCGCACGAAGGUUGGUGGUGUAUCGAGCCGGAGGCAUCUAACCUGCCACCGGACGGUUCACGGAUGAACGUCGACCUGGUCAUACUCAACUACAACGGUCGCGGUCUGCUUGGGCAGUGUCUGCCUUCGAUUCUCGAAGCAGCCUCCGCUUCGAGUCAUGACUGCCGCGUGGUGGUAAUCGACAACGCCUCGACCGAUGGGUCGGUUGAGUUUCUUCGCGAGGCGUUCUCAGAGGUUCACAUCGAGCAGUGCCCGAACCACGGCCUUUGUUCCUACAACACGGUUCUCAAGCGACUCAACUGCGACGUUGCCGUGCUGCUGAAUAACGACAUUCGGCUCGACCAUCAUGCAGUCGACCCUUUGAUCGAACCAUUCAUCCAGCGAGGGCUCAAUACCGGCGGUCGGUGUUGCAUGACGGCCGCACAGUGUCGCAGUUGGGAUUCAGGCGACUAUGAAGGGCAGAAGACCGCCGUCACUUGGCGGUGGGGGCUCGUUCAAGCCACCUCGCUGUACAAGGGGCACGAACACCAAACAAACCGCGCUGGCAUGACUGCCUCGGCGGGCGCCGCCAUUGCAGUCGAUCGACAGGCAUUCCUGCAACUCGGCGGGUUCGACUCACUGUAUUUGCCCGGACGGCUGGAAGACCUCGACCUGGCGUUUCGAGCUUAUCAGCAGGGCUUCAACGCGGAGUACGUUCCGCAAUCGCUGGCCUUCCACGCAGGGCAAGCCACAUUCACUCGCGUGUUCGGUGCCGAAGGAUGCGACCGUUUGGCCCUCCGCAACACGCUGCUCUUUCAGUGGAAGAACUUGCGAUGCGUCCGGCAUCGAGUUCGUCAGUGGGCUGGCUAUUCGCUGCGAAUUGCUCGCGACUUCGUGGCGACUCCGUUUCUCGCUCCGCAACACCGCUGGAAGUUCGUUACUGCAUUCAAUGAAGCCCGAAUUCGGUGGAGAGAGAUGGGCGCUUCCGCGUCAAGCAGCUCAACAAAUACUCCGCAGGAAAUUCAGCGAGAGCGGAAUUUCUUCCACGAAUUCCACCCCAAACGAAUUGAUCAGCUGCCCGGCCUACUUCCUCGCCAGAUGGUCGACUCGACGCCGCAGCAACCGUCUGAGUUGCUCGCAACCGAACCGCUUACUUUCGAAGCCGUCUAA